AUGUCACAAGAACUGACACAGGAGGAAUACGAUAUAAUAAUCGAAGAUGCUCGUUAUGGUGACUUAGAAACCCUCCAAGAGAUCUUUUCAGAAAUUGAUGCAAAUGCCGUGCUCCUUAAGAUUAGAGAAUCAGAGACCUUGAAUACUCCGUUGCAUAUGGCUUCUGCAAAUGGCCAUCUAGAGGUUGUCAAAUACCUUUUGUCAUUAUUACCGUCUGAUAAGGCUAAAGAGUUGGUCAGCGUGGAGAACUUUGAAGGUAACACCGCUUUGCAUUGGGCUUCGCUGAAUGGACAUUUGCCAAUAGUGGAGCUCCUAUGCGAUGAAUAUGAGGCAGACGCCUUCAAGAAGAACAAAUUCGGCCAUGAUGCUAUAUACGAAGCAGAAAACAAUGGUAAGGAAGAGGUUGAAACGUAUUUCUUGAAGAGAUUUGACGUUGAGCCUGUAGGGGAAGAUGGCCAAGUUGACAUCAAAGUGUCCAACGCUGAAGUUGAAGUCAAACAAGGUGAGGAGAUUGAUCAAAUCACACAAGAACAAGUGGAUAAACUUGAAUCCAAUGAGGAGUUCUUGCAAGAAAGGGCCAAACAGAACUUGGGAGUGUAA